CACGAGGCGGGCCCGGAUUCGUCGAGCCUGGACACGAGCUUAAGGACCAAGGUGUGAUCGGUGAGCUAAGAGCGUCGGAAUUACAGGGCAAAGAAAGGAUGGCCGCGGCGGCCUCUCUCAGGUGGAUUCUGCAACUUCACAAGGAUGUGCCCAAGGCCGCUCGUUUCUACUCCGAAGGUCUAGACUUCACUGUCAAUGUGUGCACUCUACGGUGGGCUGAGCUUCAGUCCGGGCCUCUGAAGCUCGCCCUCAUGCAAUCUACCAAUGACAAUGUUCCGCAGAAGGGGUAUUCUUCUUCGCUAUCAUUUACAGUCACUGAUAUCAAUAGUACGGUGACAAAGCUGAUGGCUUUAGGCGCAGAGCUAGAUGGACCCAUCAAGUAUGAAAUUCAUGGAAAGGUAGCUGCCAUGCGUUGUAUGGACGGCCAUGUCUUAGGGCUUUAUGAACCAGCAUAAAAGGGUCUACAAAGGAAAGAAUAAAGAAGUCAAAUUUGA